CCCAUAAAACCCUAAUUCUCAAACCCCUUCAAAACUACACGAGCCUCUCCUCCGUGCCACCCCUUUACCGUCGUCUAUCGUUUCCUCCUAUUCUCAAAUCUACCCAGAACCCCAUUUUUGUUUCUUCCUCAAAUUCAGCCAAAAUGUCGAUGUCGAAGAGUUCCAAAAUGCUUCAAUACAUCAAUUACCGUAUGCGUGUAACAAUCCAAGACGGCCGUCAAUUGAUCGGAAAAUUCAUGGCUUUCGACCGACACAUGAACCUCGUGCUCGGGGACUGUGAAGAGUUCCGCAAACUCCCUCCGACAAAAGGAUCCAAAGAAGAACGUGAAGAUCGGCGCACACUUGGUCUUGUACUUCUCCGUGGUGAAGAGGUUAUUUCCAUGACUGUUGAGGGUCCACCUCCUCCUGAUGAAUCUCGGGUCAAGUCUACUGCUUCCGGUUCUGCUGUUCCCGGCCCGGGACUUGGUCGGGCUGCUGGUCGUGGUGUUCCUACUGGGCCUUUAGUUCAUGCUCAGCCUGGACUUGCUGGGCCUGUUCGUGGUGUUGGUGGGCCUGCUCCUGGUAUGAUGCAGCCUCAAAUUUCUCGGCCUCCGAUGCCGAAUGUAUCUGCUCCCCCGAUGAAUUACCCGCCGCCGGUGAUGAGGCCGCCUGGUGGUGGCCCACCAAUGCAAAUGCAGAUGCAGAGACCUGGGGGCCCACCACCGCCUAUGGCGCCACCACCACAGUUCAGGCCUGGUGGUGGCCCACCACAGUUCCCGCCGCAGUUUGGUCAGCGGCCAAUGGUUCCGCCGCCUCCCAUGAUGAGGGGCCCACCUCCACCUGGUGCUCCACCUAGACCAGGAAUGCCUGGUGGUCCUCCUGGUCAACCGCCUCGCCCGGGUAUGCCACCCCCGCCUCCUGGCGGUCAGGUUCCUGUUUAUGGACCUCCUCGUCCUGGUAUGCCUCCACCACCUAAUCAGCAGAAUCAGCAGUAAUAUAACCGUGUAGGGCUUACUGUAAAGGUCAACUAGUCAUAUCUUCUCCUGCAUGCGUGAAUGGUGGUGUUACAAGUAUCACUGGGCUAAGGCGGUUUCUAUUAUGUUGAGCUGGUCAGAUAUCUUCAUGCUGUAUGCACCCAAUGUUUGUCGGUGUUUGCUAGAGUUCUGUAACUUUGCGAUAUAGGAGAUUUCAAACUGAUGUAGUUAACAGUAUUUUGUCUCUUCUCCUUUUCUUUUGAAUAUUAAAACUGCUACUAUUUUGAUGUUACUGAAUGAGAACUUCAGUGGUGCUAGACGGUGCUGCUAUAUUCCAGCUUGCAUCCUUUA